CAAAAGAAUGACGACAUCUACGACCACGACAGGAAACUCACUCGCGGCAGUUGAAGAGCCCGUUCUGGAUCACGUUGCCAACGUUACGGUCAAAGGAAAGUGUUCAAACGGGUCGUAAACGAUGCUGCAGCCGCUUCCAACAGAGGGACGAGUGUCGGCGGGGAGCUGCGAUGAAGACCGCCCGACGGGAAACACACAGGAGCCGAGGCAGAGUGAGGAUGAGGAGGGAACCCCGUUCAUCUUCACCCCGCAGCUCAUCCGCCUGCACAAGGACCACGAGCUGUUCGAGGAUGGGGACGUUCACAGACACAUGUAUCUACAAGACCUCUACAUCUCAGAGGCAGACGACAAGACCACACUCUGUGUGUCAGAGUUUGCCUGUCACAUUUCUGGCUGCAGUGCAGUCUUCAGCACUUUGGAGGAGUAUGAGCACCACUACAACUCCCUGCACAGACACGUGUGCUGCUCCUGCCGUCGCUCCCUGCCGAGUGCCCGGCUCCUAGACAUUCACAUUCAGGAGUGGCACGACUCUCUCUUCACUAUCCUCGCCCAGAGGCAAGAUAUGUACCAGUGUUUGGUGGAGGGCUGUGGACAGAAGUUCAGAACUAGUAAACACCGGAAGGAUCAUCUAAUAAGAAUUCACAAGUAUCCUCCGGACUUCAGAUUUGACAAAACCAAAAAGGACCGACGAACCCGAGAGACGAAGAGACCGCAGCAGAAAGACACAGCCAUGGAGGUAGUGGAUGAUGUGUGUGAGUCCGAGGGUGUGUGUGAGGUUAUGUGCGAUGUGUUGUCCGACCAACCCGAGCAUGGGGAAUCCAUGGAGACGCAUGUGUCCGAGGAAGAAGCUGCUCGCAUGGCAAAGUCUACCUCCGCUGAGGAGCACGCAGAUCUUUCUGCUGCAGCCCACGGUGCUGGGAAUAUAAGCACCGAGCCACUACAACCACGAUACUCCUACAGGGUUCCUACAACUGUGUGCUUCGGUCACGGCUCCGUCCGAGGCUUCAGAGGGCGGCGGGGAAGGAGGAAAUGAGACACCAGAAUUGAGCCUUCUAUCUUUCUAAGAUGUAUAACUUUAUACUCUUGUCGUGUAACAAAAUGUAUUUACUGUCAUGUGUGUAAUUAACAUUAAAAUGAGUUUUAUUUUACACAAAAAAAA